AUGAAUGCAAUCAGCCUUUUGGAGUCGGGUGAAUUUUCCGAUGUCAAUGUUUAUUUUGACAAUGGGAUUUACCACCUUCACAAGUUUCCUCUGCUCCUAAAGAUGGGAUACGUGAAAGACAAAGUUGGUACUUCAUCUGAUGUAGAGAUGCCAUACCUGGACGGUGGAUCAGAACUGUUUACUGAUAUAAUUGCAUUCUGUUACGGCAAGGAUAUUGAGAUAAAUCCACGCAAUAUUGCUUUUCUAAGCAACGCAGCUCAUGUUCUCGACAUGUUUGGAACCGUAAUCUUAUUGAUCUUACAGACGAUUGCACUGGCAUAUUCGGCAAGUUUGAAGAACUACGAAUACUGUGAUAUUUUUAACCGAUUUCUUGAUGCCAUCUUAAGCAUGUGGGUACGUCGAUCUCAGCACAAUGAUGAAAGAUUAACAAUUGAUCCUGUAUUGACCGAAUUUCUUGUUUUCCUACCUGAUAACGUGGUCAUACGCAUCAUACAGGAGAUCUCCACCAUGAAAUCGACAUUUUGUGCCAUUGCUGAGUUAACUGCAAAGUUCUUUGCCCUUCGAUUUGCCUUGGAAGUCUCUUAUACAGAAGCAAAUGAUGAGCGUGGAGGUCCGUGUGUAGAGGAGAAUGGAAGACAAGACAACAAAGUUGAUUUAAUCUCAACAAAUCACUUAAAGAGGGCUGCAAUUUGUACUUGUGUUCCUUUUGAAAGAAUUAAUAGCCUUGAUCGUGACAUGUUGACGGAAGAACUAGGGGGCAUUCGAUAUGACUUAAUUCCUUUGGAGGAAAUAAUGGACAGCGUUUUUACGGCUUUGCCAAAAGAUGUUCCCUUAGUUUCGAAGAUCAAUGUUGACUGGUGCAAGCAGGCCCUUUCUGUGACGGAGCGUCGUCGUGAUUCCUCCACCAGUCGGCCGCUCAUCCUUGAGAUCGCUGGCAAAAUGAUGGCUCGUUUCAGUGUCCAAGAGUUGCGGAUCAUCUCACCGCAAACCAUUAAAGAUAUUCUGGCCACAAUGAACCUGCGUGCCAACCAAUCCGCCUCCACGUCUGGUGAUGGAACAUCGUCAGGUUUAGCUACACUUGCGGGAGAGGAGCGCAAAGGGGAGGUAAAUUCCGCCAUCGGAGGGCCGCUAUUACUCGGCGAGGAGCCCUCAACAAUUGCAGAGAAUCUGGAUCUCUACUUAAGCGCCGCGAUUGAGAGCCAAAAUAUGACGAUUGAGGAGUACAUUGGACUUUUGAAAACGGCUUUGCCGUUGGAUAGGAGAGAAAAUCAUGAUGGACUUAUCCGGGCAAUAUGCAAACUAGUCAAAUCGAACAAGGAGGCAUUGACAGACAAUUUGCGAGAGGAGAUCCUUGGAGUGUUGGAUCUUCGUCGCUGUUCGGCCGCAGCACUGCAAGAUGCCCUCGAUGCAAAUAUCCUUCCAACUCGUGCGGUAGCUGAAGCUGCACUUCGCUUUGCCAAACAGAAUUCCACCACUUCCGCUAACGCUGUAGCGGUGCGCGAGCGGUGCCAGUCGCCUUCGCCAUCACGAUUUUCGUCAUCCACUUCGUCCAUCUAUCGAGCAUCGAGGUAUAUGCUGCCCUACCAACAUUACGCGGCGUCGGCUUAUUACCCCAUCUCCUCCUCAACCAGCACGGGCUACCUCCUGACCUCACCGGUGCGUCAGCGUAGACGACCUUGGGAGAGACCCAUCUAUGGCUACGAUGAUGCGCUACCGCCGAUUUACAGGCACCACGACAUUGGCGGUGACUAUGUCGUCGCGAAAGGAGAAAACGAGGAUGUCCAGUGGAACAGCAGCAAACACGCAACAACCGCAUAUCGCAGUGGCGAUUACUGA